AUGGAGAGUAGCAAAGACACUAUACUGAACUUUCAGCGCCGCUACAAGUCCUAUGUGCUUAAGUUUUUAAGAGGGCAACUCCCACGUGAUCUCAAGGACGUCUCCGGGGCACUUGGUUGUCUCUACGGAACGCUCCCAGAUGUGGAUGAAUACGACCAGUUUAUUAUCAUGCCACAAACAAUUCAACAGUAUCACCAACUAGGCUAUGUGAAGCUGCCGCGCCUUGUAUUAGACCCGCAUCAGAUCGACAUACUUGUGGAUGAAGUGAACGAGCUGGCGAACAAUGUGGAGCACCAUCCGAAGUUGGAAAAUCUUUACGCGACCUCGCUGGCCAACUUAACUAGUGGACCGCUGUUUUACUGCCAAGGUCAGUGGCGAGCAUCCUGGGGGUUGCAUGAUCUAGUAUAUCUGCCUACUAUAACUGUUGCUGUGUGCCAAGUGCUUGGUAACGCACUUAUUCGGCUAUGGUACGACGAAGUGUACAUGAAGGAGGCGAGAACAGGGCCGUGCGUGCCGUGGCAACAACACUACGCCCGCUGGCGCCACACAACGCCGGUUAAUCACGCCACGGUCAUGAUCGCACUGGACAACCUCAGCAAAGACCGCGGUGCGCCGUGUGUUGUGCCUGGCAGUCACCGUUGGCGGAAUGGCAGCGAACUUCUUCCACCGGUGGUUUACGACCCGAGCUUGGACGAAACACAGCAACUCAAUACCAUCUGGACCAUCACAAACGCGGAGGAGCGGGAGAUGCUAAUGGAUACUCCACCUGUAACCAUUGAUCUCAAACGCGGUGAGGCACUUCUUGUUCACCCCCUUACUCUGUUUGCCACGCAUGGAAACCGCACUCUAAACGCAGCGCGAUCCUGCCUUGUGCAUUAUAUGGGCGACAAAACAUUUGCAGUGCACGAUGGCCCUCUUCUUCCCCAUACUACACGUUUUCAGGCCGGUGGUAAAAUCCAAGGACCAUUUUUCCCAGUAGCGUUUGAUCCUGCCAUAGCCGAAGACCUUCUUGUGCUCGGCCAAAGCGUCUCUACCGAUAAAGUUCCUGAAACCAAACCCAGUUGCACCUGA